AACCAUCACGGCGGGUUGCCGCCGAACCGACGUGCCCUGCAACUACCAGGCCCGCAACUUUCUCGGAGAAAGCGAAUCGCUUCGGAGCUCUGAGAGUCGUUGUCGCAUCACCGGCGAUGGGGAUGAGUACGACCGGCGACGGCGAGGUAUUACCGGCGGUGCGCGAGAAGACUUCAGGGGAUGGAGAU